AUGCUUACAGAGCAGGACACCACUGGGCCCUCGGGUAUCGUGAAUAAUGCUACAUCUGCUCAGUCUGAUGACACCAAAGUAUUUAAAGCGAAUAAAAGGUCUCCGGGAAUUGUGCUGUUUGGUAGCGGGCCACGCCACCUGCCCUGUGCGCCUUCUGCUUCCCACUGUCUGUGCGAGCUCAGCAGGCCUCAGCCCUCUGCACCUCAUUCAGGCAGGAAAGGCAGCUUAACUUGGUUCUUGUUCAGAAAACUUACGUGUUUGGUGGAGGACAUAAUGAGUCCACCUGUAAUCACCAUCCAGCUGCUACGUGACCGACUUCUGGCUUUUCUUUGGAGGCACCUUAACAGUUCUCCCCGCUCCCCCCAGAAUAAGACGGAGUUGACGACAUCACUUACUCUUGUCCUGUUUUGUUCAAGUCCGUGCAGAAAUGUUUCUCUCACACUCAGCUAG